AUGGGUGCGUGUGCUGUAAAAGGAGUGGUGCCGAAGUCAUCGCUGAACGAGUUCCAGCUCCAGAAGAAGCAGACGAGCACUUUCGUAUUCGUGUAUGGGAACAAGCGCCGGAAAAGGGACACACAAAGUGUCAAACGCACAGAAAGUGAAAAAGUCUCCGUCAAGCCCGUAGAACGCGCAAGUCGCCAGGACCAGCUCGACGACGCCAUUUUCCGCAAGUACGUCGCGAGCUUGUGCUCACAAAGUGCUCUGCUUGGUUUUGUUUACGGUUUUCCAGGGCUUAUCUCCCCGAAAGACGCAUACAUUUAUGACGCUUUCGUCAAUGGUUUCAUGGUUGCGGUGUCGACCCAGCUCACGCACGAAAGACUGCAACCGGGAGCGGUUUUCAUUCCUCAUGGCGCAGCAAACCCGUGGCUUUUGGAUGUUUUUUACGCCUGCGGGGCAGCUUUUUUGGCAGCCAGCCGCAAGGACAUGCGUGAGCUGGCCGAAUCCAGAAUGGCAAAAGUUAUGGGCCAAUUCCAGCAAGUCGUAACCUGCGUCUCUUUCGAUAGUGACAACAAGUGGCUAGUUGUCGCUCUUUUGUCGCUUGCGCUGAGGGAAAAGUUCUACGGUCUCGACGGUCAUCGCACGGUACUUUUUCUGAAAAUAGCUUUCCAACUCAUCCGCAACUGGCCAAAAACAAAGCUGGCAAACUCGAAACACUUAGAGGGCCUUCCUGAAGACAUACGGUCUGUCAUAUCUGAGCAGACCUGGCUUCUCACACCGAUUGAGCGCACCUUGGUGGAGAGCUUUGCAUACAAUUACUCUGUUAUUGGACUAGUUUUGGACCAGAAAUCUCAGUUUUUGCUGGACUCACCCUUUGAGGUUUUUGAUGAGCUGCAGCCGCUACUGGACCAGCAGCUUUACAGGUGCCCUGCUCCCUGGAUGAAUAACCCGGUUAUGGGAGCCGCGCUUCCAGCGUUUGAGUUGGCUUCAAAAGCCGGAUGGUUGCAGCUGCACUAUCCGUUCGACGAAAGUAUGCGACAUCAGGCUAUCGCAUUAUUUCGGCUGGCCAAGUACUUUGUUCCUCCUGUCCUACCCCCUGACGUGCGGUUCAAUCAGCCCAAACAUGUCUGCAAACGGCUCUUGGAUAGCUGUCAUGCUGCGCGCAUAGUGGCCCAAGGAGCGUACAUUCUUCUUUACAAACUACUCUAUCCUGAGACUUUGGAGACCGAGAGUGAUAUCCAGCGCCGCAUAAGCAAUUUUAUCAGUGACCUGGAGCAGCUGAGCUUCCAUUCAAGCAUAUCAGGAAUCCUGACAUGGCCAUUCUCUAUCAUUGGCACGGCCAUUGUGGAAAAAAGCCAGCGUGAUUAUAUGCUUUGGCGGCUGCACAAUUUUGGCUGUGCAAUCAAGAACUCGUGUUUUGACAGCAUCAUUGAAUUUUUAAACCGGACUUGGGAUGAGGGUCUGGGUUGGCAGGCCUUACUUGAUAAAACUAAUUUUGAUAAAUUAUUUAUUUAA